AUGUUUCAUUUUGAUAUAAUCUAUCAAAUCAGAUAUGGGUCUCUUUUCAUCAGGACCAUCGUGAUCGGUUUCAUAGCUGUUGUCAGGUCCCGGGCAGAAUCAAACGUACAGGCGGAGGUUCAGUUAGUGUUUAGUCAAACGUCGACUGAACCGAUCCCCACCAACAGCGACAUUGUGGAGACUCUGAAAGAAGCAGCUGCUAAUUCAACUGCAGGCUUCAACCUCACCAUUGAUGCCACUUCCAUUACCGUCAUUAACUCAAUGCAGAUAAUUCCACUAAUAAUCCUCACCAGUGGAACCUUUGAUGCUGUUCUUUCCAUUAAAAAUUCUACUGAAUUUAAGAGCAGGGCUUUGCUGAUAAAAACAGGGCUUGAACCUUUUUUCCUGGCUGAUUACCCUGCAUCAUUCAGUACCAUAACUGUAACAAGCUUCAGUGAUGGCGGUGUAAAAUUGAAGAGUUUGCCCAAGAUCCAAAACAGCAUGGAUGUUGUCUUUGGAGCAAACGCUGUUCUACCCAAUAGCGCCCAGAUAGUGAACACUGUAGUUCGAGCAGCCAGAAACAACACGUUACUCUUCCAGAUCUUCACUUCUUCAAUUAUAAUAAAUGGAACAGAAUAUUCAUCAGCUGAAGUCAGCAGCAGGAUCAGUGUGUUGACCGCUUCAUUCCUGGUUGUGGUGUCGCUUCUGGUUCCAUGGUUUAACUGACCAUAACACUCAUGAGAAACAAGAUUCAGAUCUGUCUGAAUCCGUUAUCCUGACAUGUCUUGAUCAAACGAAGGACUCAACUUAUUUCUGAUGCUACUUAAUGAGUAGUAAAACCUUAAAUUAAUCCUAUUCUAAGCACUUUAAACUAGAUCUAGUUCUUGAUCUGUCUGUACCUAUAUCUGUAUGUAAUAUAAACAGCUAUAUAAAUUAAGGCAAAGAUGUACCUGUAUGUUUUCAUAUAUUCAGUUUACUUCUGAACCCAUCAUUGUGCAUUUAUGUUGUUUUUAAUAUUGGUUAAUGGAUUAUUAUUAUUAUUAUUAUUAUUAUUAUUAUUAUUAUUAUUAUUAUUAUUGAUUGCCAGAUCUGUUUUAUUUUGUAAGAACAUUUUUUUUAAUGCAGGAGUUUUUUAAAUCUAAUGCUGAAAUACUAUGCUAUUAUUGAUUCUUCAGAAAAGGGAUAAAACAUGCAAAAAAGUACAAAAUAAACUCAUGAAAUAAAACAUUUUCAAUUCUAUUAAAAUGAUGAUAACUUAUAA